UUCUUCUUCGGGCUGCUGACGAGCGGCGGGAGGAUGUGGAGGGGCCGCCACGCCGGGCAGCCGGGGCCCGCUCCGGGGGGCCGCCCGGGCGCGCGCGGGGCUCGGCUGCCUCCCCCCGCCCGGCGCUAGGGACCAGGCACCCGGGAGCCGGGGGUGAGCGUCCCUCCUCCAGCCUGGGACUGCGGCUGUCUGCGAUCAAUUGAAGGAGCAGGACCCGAAAUUACAGACAUUAGCAAUGAUGUGCGAAGUGAUGCCCACGAUUAAUGAGGACACCCCUAUGAGCCAAAGGGGGUCCCAAAGCAGUGGCUCGGACUCUGACUCGCAUUUCGAGCAGCUGAUGGUGAACAUGCUAGAUGAAAGGGACCGCCUUCUAGAUACCCUUCGGGAAACCCAAGAAAGCCUCUCACUUGCCCAGCAAAGACUGCAGGAUGUCAUCUACGACAGAGAUUCCCUCCAGAGACAGCUCAAUUCAGCCCUGCCACAGGAUAUCGAAUCUCUAACAGGAGGGCUGACUGGUUCUAAGGGGGCUGAUCCACCGGAAUUUGCUGCACUGACAAAAGAAUUGAAUGCCUGCAGGGAACAACUUCUAGAAAAGGAAGAAGAAAUCUCUGAACUUAAAGCUGAAAGAAACAACACAAGACUUUUACUGGAGCAUUUGGAAUGCCUUGUGUCACGACAUGAAAGGUCACUAAGAAUGACUGUGGUGAAACGGCAAGCCCAGUCCCCCUCGGGAGUGUCCAGCGAAGUCGAGGUUCUCAAGGCGCUGAAAUCUUUGUUUGAGCACCACAAGGCCUUGGAUGAAAAGGUAAGGGAGCGACUGAGGGUUUCUUUAGAAAGAGUCUCUGCACUGGAAGAAGAACUAGCUGCUGCUAAUCAGGAGAUUGUUGCCUUGCGUGAACAAAAUGUUCAUAUACAAAGAAAAAUGGCAUCAAGUGAGGGAUCCACAGAGUCAGAACAUCUUGAAGGGAUGGAACCCGGCCAGAAAAUCCAUGAAAAGCGCUUGUCCAAUGGCUCUAUAGACUCAACUGAUGAAACUAGUCAAAUAGGGGAACUUCAAGAAUUGCUUGAAAAGCAAAAUUACGAAAUGGCCCAAAUGAAAGAACGCCUAGCAGCCCUUUCUUCUCGAGUGGGAGAGGUGGAACAGGAAGCCGAGACAGCAAGAAAAGAGCUCAUUAAAACAGAAGAAAUGAACACGAAAUAUCAGAGGGACAUUAGGGAAGCCAUGGCACAGAAGGAAGAUAUGGAAGAAAGAAUCACGACCCUUGAGAAGCGUUACCUCAGCGCUCAGAGAGAAUCUACCUCCAUACAUGACAUGAAUGACAAACUAGAAAAUGAGCUAGCAAAUAAAGAGGCCAUCCUACGGCAGAUGGAAGAGAAGAACAGACAGUUACAGGAGCGUCUGGAGCUAGCCGAGCAAAAGUUACAGCAGACUAUGAGAAAAGCCGAGACCUUACCUGAAGUAGAGGCUGAACUGGCGCAGAGAAUCGCCGCCCUGACAAAGGCUGAAGAAAGACAUGGAAACAUUGAGGAGCGGAUGAGACAUCUAGAAGGUCAACUGGAAGAGAAAAAUCAAGAACUGCAAAGAGCUAGGCAAAGAGAGAAAAUGAAUGAGGAACACAACAAACGAUUAUCCGAUACUGUGGACAGACUUCUGACUGAAUCCAAUGAGCGCUUACAGCUGCACUUAAAGGAAAGAAUGGCUGCUCUAGAAGAGAAGAAUGUUUUAAUCCAAGAGUCAGAAACUUUCAGAAAGAAUCUGGAAGAAUCUUUACAUGAUAAGGAAAGAUUAGCAGAAGAAAUUGAAAAGCUAAGAUCUGAACUUGACCAACUGAAAAUGAGAACUGGCUCUUUAAUUGAACCCACAAUAUCAAGAACUCAUCUUGACGCCUCAGCUGAGCUGCGGUAUUCCGUUGGAUCUCUAGUGGACAGCCAGUCUGAUUACAGAACCACUAAAGUCAUAAAAAGACCGAGGAGAGGCCGCAUGGGUGUGCGAAGAGAGGAGCCAAAGGUGAAAUCUCUUGGAGAUCAUGAGUGGAACAGAACCCAACAAAUUGGAGUGCUAAGCAGCCACCCUUUUGAAAGUGACACAGAAAUGUCUGAUAUCGAUGAUGACGACAGAGAAACAAUUUUUAGCUCAAUGGAUCUUCUCUCUCCAAGUGGACAUUCAGAUGCGCAGACUCUAGCCAUGAUGCUUCAGGAACAAUUGGAUGCCAUCAACAAAGAAAUCAGGCUAAUCCAAGAAGAAAAAGAAUCUACAGAGUUACGUGCUGAAGAAAUUGAGAAUAGAGUGGCUAGUGUGAGCCUGGAAGGCCUGAAUUUAGCAAGGGUCCACCCAGGUACCUCCAUCACUGCCUCGGUUACAGCUUCGUCGCUGGCCAGUUCAUCUCCCCCCAGUGGACACUCCACGCCAAAGCUGACCCCGCGAAGUCCUGCCCGGGACAUGGAUCGGAUGGGAGUCAUGACGCUGCCAAGUGAUCUAAGGAAACAUCGGAGAAAGAUCGCAGUGGUGGAAGAAGAUGGUCGGGAAGAUAAAGCCACAAUUAAAUGUGAAACUUCUCCUCCCCCCACCCCCAGAGCGGCCAGGAUGACUCACACCCUCCCUUCUGCCUACCACAGCGAAGCCCGGAGCAGUUUGUCGGCCUCCCUGGAGCCUGACAGCCUUGGGCUUGGCAGUGCCGCCAGCAGCCAAGACUCUCUUCACAAAGCCCCCAAGAAGAAAGGAAUCAAGUCCUCAAUAGGGCGUCUGUUCGGUAAAAAAGAAAAAGCCCGACUUGGGCAGCUGCGAGGUUUUAUGGAGACCGAAGCUGCCGCUCAGGAGUCCCUGGGGUUGGGCAAACUUGGAACUCAAGCUGAGAAGGAUAGAAGACUGAAGAAAAAGCAUGAACUUCUAGAAGAGGCUCGGAGGAAGGGGCUACCUUUUGCCCAGUGGGAUGGGCCCACUGUGGUUGCGUGGCUAGAGCUCUGGUUGGGAAUGCCUGCCUGGUACGUGGCCGCCUGCCGAGCCAAUGUGAAGAGCGGGGCCAUCAUGUCCGCUUUAUCCGACACCGAGAUCCAGAGAGAGAUCGGCAUCAGCAACCCUCUGCACCGCUUAAAGCUCCGCUUAGCCAUCCAGGAGAUGGUUUCCCUGACCAGUCCGUCCGCUCCGCCGACGUCCCGAACUCCUUCAGGCAACGUUUGGGUGACCCAUGAAGAAAUGGAAAAUCUUGCAGCUCCAGCAAAAACGAAAGAAUCUGAAGAAGGAAACUGGGCCCAGUGUCCUGUUUUUCUACAGACCCUAGCAUAUGGAGAUAUGAACCACGAGUGGAUUGGAAAUGAAUGGCUUCCCAGCCUGGGGUUACCUCAGUACAGAAGUUAUUUUAUGGAAUGCCUCGUAGAUGCAAGAAUGUUAGAUCACCUAACAAAAAAAGAUCUCCGUGUCCACUUAAAAAUGGUGGAUAGUUUCCAUCGAACAAGUUUACAGUAUGGAAUAAUGUGCUUAAAAAGAUUAAAUUAUGAUAGAAAAGAACUGGAAAGACGAAGAGAAGCAAGCCAACAUGAAAUAAAAGAUGUGUUGGUGUGGAGCAAUGAUCGAGUUAUUCGCUGGAUACAAGCAAUUGGACUUCGAGAAUAUGCAAAUAAUAUUCUUGAAAGUGGUGUGCACGGCUCACUUAUAGCCCUGGAUGAGAACUUUGACUACAGCAGCUUAGCUUUGUUACUACAGAUUCCAACACAGAACACCCAGGCAAGGCAGAUCCUUGAAAGGGAAUACAAUAACCUCCUGGCUCUCGGAACUGAACGGCGACUGGAUGAAAGUGAUGACAAGAACUUCAGGCGUGGGGCGACCUGGAGAAGGCAGUUUCCUCCCCGUGAGGUGCAUGGAAUCAGCAUGAUGCCUGGGUCCUCAGAAACUCUACCAGCUGGAUUUAGGUUAACCACGACAUCUGGGCAGUCACGGAAAAUGACAACAGAUGUUGCUUCAUCAAGACUGCAGAGGUUAGACAACUCCACUGUUCGCACAUACUCAUGUUGACAAGCCACUCAAAGGAGGCGGCACUGACUAGCUAUGUCGUCUUUUCAGUCUACUCUACCUAAAGUGCACUACCGUCGAAGAAGACGAGCAGUGAGAAACCUUUGUGAAUACUGAAUGCUAAGGAAAUAACCACAAGUACUGGUUUAU